AAGACAUUCACCAUACACUUUUGGAUGGGACACUAAUCCACUAUCAAGUCCGUUCAAUUAAAAAGUUAUUGGACACUUAAAUACCGCGUAAACCACCUUUCUUGAAGGAUGGACUAUGAAUGACUGAGCAGCGUCGUCAAAAGUGGUGUGAUUUGGCGUCUUCUGGUCUUUGGCGUCGACCGGCGUCUUGAUUCUUCAACACAAUAGACGUUUUGCAGCGCCAUCUCUUGCUUUGAUCUCUGGGCAAAGAGACUCUCAAACCCUAACUGAUUUUAAAUGAGUUUUAUAGAAAAGUGCUAAUUUAGGGAUUAUUUUGUUGUACUUUUGCAUCUGAGUUGAUCUUAGCUGUGACUGCUUAUCCUAUGUAACUGUUUAUAAGAAGACAUUGGAGUUGGAGGAGCCAUAGAUCUGAUAAAUCCACAUUGAAAACCUCAACCUAACAUUUGCACAUGGAAUCUCCAGCUAACACUCGCGACCUCAACAGGAAACGUGAAGACUAUUUGGAAUGGCCGGACUAUUUUAUGGCAACCGCUUUUCUAGCGGCGAAAAGAAGCAAAGAUCCAUGCUCUCAAGUGGGCGCUUGUAUAGUCAACGAAGACAAUGUUAUUGUCGGGAUUGGAUACAAUGGAAUGCCAAAGAACUGCAGUGAUGAUGAAUUCCCAUGGUCCAAAGGAUCCAAAUCCGAUUUGGACAACAAAUAUUUGUAUGUGUGCCACGCUGAGCUGAACGCAAUACUUAAUAAAAAUUCGGUCGAUGUUCGUAAUUGUACUAUGUAUGUCGGCCUGUUCCCCUGUAAUGAAUGUGCCAAAGUGAUCAUCCAGUCUGGAGUUAAGCAAAUUAUCUAUAUGUCAGACAAGCACGGAAUGAAACAAUCCACCAUUGCCUCCAAACGAAUGCUUGAUGCCGCUGGAAUUAAAUAUAAGCAAUUCGCCCCAAAGAACCGGAAAAUAAUAAUCGACUUUGAUGAGAUCAACUGGAAUGAUCAGAACCAACUGCCCACCAGUCCUGUAAUGGACAACACCGCAGAAAAACUGGAGAAAAUGUCUUUGAGCAAUGGUUUGCGCACUCGCUUGGAUCUUGAGCACUCAUUUAACGGCCACAAACCGCAAGAAUCGUAGUGGGCUGGUUUUAACGUACAUACUCAAGUUGGUGAACUAAAUGACACCUGACAUGUGACAAGUGACGUCCCCUACUACGAGCAUGGGAGUUUUGUAGAUACGAAUCAGUUACCAGUAUAAAAGUCUCCAAGUUGUACAAGCAAGCUUAAGAUAUUUAAAACAUUCAAAGGUAUUUUAAAUCAAUAAAGUCUUCCAAAAAACAA